AUGAGACUCACAUAUAUACCCCUACUAGUAGGCAUAAACAGCGUCUAUGCUGUAGCCGAAGACAGUAAAGCCCAUGGAGAGGGCACCGAAGGUACUGUCCAAGGCCCUGUAGCCUUCCUCUGGCCUGAAGAUCGGCCUUGGAGCUCCAGCACGGACAAUUCCGGGCCUUGUGGUAGUCCUAAUGGCGUCAUUAAUCGAACUAGCUUUCCUCUCUCUCAAGGAUCGAUCGCUCUCACUAUCGCAGAUGAGGCUUGGAAUGUCGCCUUUUCUGUAGCAUAUGAUAACGAUCCCACAGUUCAGACUCAGUUCAUUCAGCAAGUAGCCAACGUUGCGGUUGUUGAGAGCGGUCAUCAGUGCUACAAGAUAAAUGACAUCCCCGACACAGUCGUGGCUGGUAGUAACGCGACCAUCCAAAUGAAAUAUUGGUCUAGCAUAGACAACGAGCUUGGCGGGCGCAAUCAAACGUUCUUCGCAUGUGCAGACAUAACCUUCGUUGAGGCGGCUGACUUCUCGACCCAAGUACCUUGUUUUAAUGUCACAUCCUCUGACUUCAACCUACCCGAGUCUUCAUCCACCGCGACAGCCGGUCAGCCCGAAAACACCGCUAACACUAGCUCGGACUCCAAUUCGGGGCUUACAAAAGGUGCUAUCGCAGGUGUCGCAGUUGGUGUCGUAGUGGCAUCGCUCCUCAUCAUAGGCGUUGUAGCAUUUUUCGUGCUCCGUGGGCGAAAGAGUCAAGCAUUAGGUAACGAAACCCAGCAAGAUGGACGAAAGGUUAUGACUGAGGUUGCAUCUGUAAACAGCCGUCAACAUUAG